AUGGAGACCGAGUUGGAGACUCCCGUCAUGACGGUGGCGGACCUGCCACCAGAGGUGUGGGUCAUCGUCUGCGACCACCUCGCGCCACCCGACCUGCACCUCCUCGCCCACUCCUGCUGGUUCUUCCGACUCCACGUCUUGGCCCGCGUCAAGCAUCGCACUGUCAGGCCUCUGGGUUUGGUGAGCGCGCCGCGGGGCAUGCGGCAGGUGCUCAAGCAACUGACGACCCAGUACGCCCGGCUGAGGUCGCUCGACCUGACCUCAUGGGACAACCUGUCGGAGAACGUGCUGCGUGAGCUGCCCCCCACCUUGCUGAGCCUCAACCUGUCCUACACCACCAUCGCCAGCGCACCAGGCAUCAAUGUGCUGUCGGCCAACAUCCAGUGCCUCAAUCUGCACUACGCCAACAUCUCGAGGAAAGCCAUCAAAAAGCUGGCACACCUGACAGCACUGCGGCAGCUCAACAUGUCUCAUUGCAAGGAAAUGACCGCAGCCCUGCUGAAGUACGUUCCGGACACUGUGGAGGAGCUGGACCUGUCGUACUGCCCCAAGCUCGAGUUCGAGGGCCGCGCCAAGUACACCGUCUACCUCUCGCUCAUGUGGCAUCACACCGCCCUGGCGUGCAAGUGGCCCAGCGGCCUGCGUUCGCUCAAGCUGACCGGCAUCAAGUCGGCCACCGCUGCCCUCUUCAGUCUUCCGCCCACUGUGCGCGAGCUUGACCUGUCGGACUCGGAGUUCACCUUCGCCCGCUUCGAUUUCCAGCGCUACCUGCCUGAAUUGGAGACCCUCAAGGCCGAAGACAUUCCUCAGUUCAACUGCUCGUCCGAGAAGCUGUGGAUGCUGCCCGACGGACUCAAGUCGCUGUCGCUGCGAGGGUCGUCGGCAGAUCCGUCGAACCUCAAGUACCUGCCGACCUCCAUCACUUCCCUCAACCUGGCCAACACUCUCGUGACCGAGUACUGCUCGCUGUACGCCCAAGACAAGAUCAACUUCUUCUUCAAGGACAUCGCGCGGUGUAUGCCCAACCUGCGGUUCCUGGACCUGCGGUGCGGCUACCCCUACGGCUCGCUCAAAUACGGCCCCUGUCUUCGAGACAAGGUGGAUACUCUGGUGCUGGAUCAGCCCAUGGACCCCUACGCUGUGGACACUCUCGCGGAUGUGAGCGAUGAGUUGAGGUGGAGGCCGAGGCGAGAGUGCGAAGAGUGGCACAAGCACGUCGAGCUGUGCGCGGCCGAGCGGGAAUGUGUGAAGCUGCAGCCGAUCGACGACAGCGAAGAUCAGAAGAGCAGCGACGAGGAUGAAGAGGAAGAGGACGGAGUCGUCAAGGGUACGGGGUACGGGUGCGAAGUGGCCUCGGGCAAGCAUGAUGACGAUACCACCACUCAAGAUUUGAGUGGCGACAGCGGCGAAGACGAAGAUCUCGCCAACGCUCUGGGUUGUCUCCUCUCCGUGUGA